UAUCCUGUGGUUCCCAUGCCAUCAUCAUCGCCAUCAACGACGAUCCUACCAAUAAAGAAAACCAAAUCCAUAAAAAACAACGCAUUAUCAGAAAGGUGGGUAUGGCAGUUUGACGCAUGGGACCCCAAUCCACCGUGUCAGUGUGCUGUUCUAAUCCUUAGCCCCUUGUUUUUAAUUCAAUAUCCUGUUGUUAAAUCCACGUUUCUCUCUCUCGCUCUGUCUCGUUGUCAUGCCCUUGGAUCUUCCCCAAUUCUCUCACAAUUAAUCCACAGCUAAUCCUUUUUCAGUUCUUACGCCAUUGUUUCUUUACCUAUAAUCUCUUAUCAUUUUCUUCAAUUUUUCAAUGCCCUUUUGAUUCCUACAGUUCAGUCUUCGUUUUGUUCAUUUCUUUCACUCAAAAUUUACUGUUUCUUGUUAGUUCCCAAUUUCUAUUUAUUGGAUCUGUUUGUUCUCUGUCUUUCAGUGCUUUUGAAAUUUGGGAACAUUUUCUCCCUUUAAUUAGAUCUGGUUAUGUGAUUUUUUGAUUGAAAAAAUCAAUCGAAUUGCAUUGGAGUUCUAAAUUAUCGUGUUUAUGGUGUUUGCAUUUGUGGGUAUCUCUUAAAAAUCUUGAAUGUGGCUCUGAUUUCUCUCCACGGUGCAUUGUAUUCUGGGUUUCUCUUAAAUUUUAUCCAAUUGGAUAGAAAUCUGAUAAAGUUCAUCCUUUUUUGCAUUUGAUUUUCUGGGCGUCUGUCAAAAAAUGGUGACAGUCAACCUAGGAAUGCUUCACUACGUUCUUGACCACAUUUAUGGAGCAUUUAUGCAUAGAACCAAAAUAAGCCCUCCAUUCUUUUCCAGAGGAUGGGGUGGCUCAAAGCUUGAGCUCUUGGAGAGAAUGAUCAAGCAGCUAUUCCCUGAAAUGGAGGGCCAGAACUGGCCUCCAAGUUCGAUACAGCCAAUUUGGCGAACAAUUUGGGAGAACAAAACUGCUUCUUUAAGAGAAGGAAUCUUUAGAACCCCUUGUGACGAGCAGCUCCUCAGUGCUUUGCCUCCUGAAAGUCACACUGCAAGGGUUGCUUUUCUUGCACCGAAAUUUAUCCCUCCACAGAGGAUGGCUUGUGUGGUUCAUCUUGCAGGCACUGGGGACCAUUCAUUUGAACGGAGAUUGCGUCUUGGUGGGCCAUUGUUGAAGGAAAACAUAGCAACCAUGGUGCUGGAGAGCCCAUUCUAUGGACACAGACGCCCUAUGCUGCAGCGUGGUGCAAAACUCUUGUGUGUUAGUGACUUGCUAUUAUUAGGUAGAGCAACCAUUGAGGAGACACGCAGUCUUCUACAUUGGCUAGACUCCGAGGCAGGGUUUGGCAAGAUGGGUGUUUGUGGACUUAGCAUGGGUGGAGUACAUGCUGCAAUGGUUGGAUCGCUGCACCCCACGCCUGUUGCAACCCUUCCUUUUCUCUCUCCACAUUCUGCUGUUGUGGCAUUCUGUGAAGGGAUAUUGAGGCAUGGCACUGCUUGGGAUGCACUGAGGAAAGAUCUUGCAGUUCAAGAGACUGCAAUGACUCUCGAGGAGGUGCAAGAACGGAUGCGAAACGUAUUGUCUCUCACAGAUGUCACACGCUUUCCAAUUCCUAAGAAUCCCAAUGCUGUAAUAUUUGUUGCUGCAACUGAUGAUGGGUACAUACCAAAACAUUCUGUUUUGGAGCUUCAAAAGGCUUGGCCAGGUUCAGAAGUGAGAUGGGUUACUGGAGGGCAUGUUUCAUCUUUCCUUCUGCACAAUGGUGAGUUUCGCAAGGCGAUUGUUGAUGGACUGAACAGAUUAGAGUGGAAAGAAUCUCCAUUGUAACAGAUAUCACAUAUGAAGAUUACAAUUAUUUUCUUCAUUGAUGUUCUUCUCCCUUAAUUCUUGGUAAGCUUUGUAAAAUGUAAAACUGAUAUAGUGAAUGACCCUCUGAGGGAAAAAAAGGGGGCUGUUCUGUGAAUGAAUUACUUGUUUCUCUUGUAAUCUUCAAAGGAUUUUUUUUCUUUUUUGGCCGAAUGCCAAAGUUCACUGAUUGCAAGAAAUACUUGUUGGAAUUAAAGGAUGAGCAUUCUAUUUAAUUUUUAA